CGACAAUGAAGAACAGAAUGGGAGAAAUGUGGGAGAGGGGAGUCACUCUGAAGGGAGAAGGAAAAAGAUGCGAAGGGAUCCAAGAUUGAAGGAAGCAAAAUUUAUGGAUGAGGUGGAAGGGAUAGAGGUAGUCAAUUCAGCCAGAAGAGAAGAAAUCCAAGAAAUAUGUGAAAAAAUGUGCGCUUGGGAAAGUGGAGGAUUUCCAGGAAGCCAGCCAGUAUCCAUGGAUGUCCAGAAUAUUAAGUUACUUCACGAAAAACCUUACAGAGUCAGUUGGAAAGCAGAUGGCGUGAGGUACAUGAUGCUGAUUUUAAAAGAAAGAGAAAUAUACUUGAUAGACAGAGAUAAUAACGUGUUUACUGCACCGCAGUUCUAUUUCCCUCAGCGUAAAAACCUCAAAGAGCACAUUUAUGACACUCUGAUUGAUGGGGAGAUGGUUCUUGACAAGGAAAAUGGAAGAGUUCACCCUCGAUACCUCGCUUACGACAUAGUUAGAUUCCAAGGGCAAGAAGUCGGAAAACAAAGCCACGACAUCAGAAUGAUUUGCAUUGAAAAGGAAAUUGAAAUGGCUCGAAACCAAGCAGCCCAGCAAGGACUCUUGGACAAGUCGAAGGAGCCGUUCAGCAUUAGAGCGAAAAAAUUCUUUCCAGUCGAGAAAGCAGAGUGGGUGUUAGAAAACUGGAGUCCUAAACUUACCCAUGAGAAUGAUGGACUAAUAUUCAACCCCGCCGAGGAGCCAUAUGAAGCCGGACAGAGCUCUGAGUUACUGAAAUGGAAACCAACGACGCUAAACUCCGUGGACUUCGUUCUCAGUAUAAGGACUGUUCGACAAGAAGGGUGCAUUCCUCAAUUAGUUGGUGCUCUUAUGGUCGGUGGCUUUGACCAACCGUUUGCCCAAAUCAAGUGGAGGUCAUAGAGAAAUAUCGUUACAACUCAGUUAGACACAGAGACCCCAACGCUCCAUCCACGAGUCAUGCCGCAGUUUAGACCGCAGACUCACCAGAAUCGCCUUAAAAGCAGUAGAAGCCGGCUUGCGUCAGUAGGAGCUCUUCUUAGGGGACGGCAACCGCGCACAUAUGAAUAAAAAGACUUAAACCAGCCGGAUAGAGUCUUUGACUGGCUAUCGUGAAGGAGAGAACCGCGCUCGGAUCGUCCGCCGUAAUCCGAUGGCGUCGUCGCGAGAAACCAAAUAGUGCCGACUUGGUCUACCGACGUGACGCAAACAUCGACUGCUGUUAUUUCGCAUUUGUAGAGACUUUAUAGCAUUAGGCUCUUCUUAAUUUAUAUUCUUUUUCCUUCUGUUAUCAGUAGGCUGCUCUGGAAAAUACUUGUCAAUACUUCUUUUCUCAGUUGUUAGGAUUUUUGGGUUCAAAACCCUUCCACAAUAUUGCCCCAAAAAAUGUCAUCGACUGUUUGUUGAUGUAUCGGCCACAAACGUGCCUUUUUCAUACACUCUUCCUGAGUACUAAAAUGCUAAGAAACCUUAUUUCCAGGGUCACCAGUCUUCCUCUCACCGUCUCUCUCUUACUCAAGGGAAAGGAAAGAAGGGAGGCUCUGGUAACGAGGUUGUAUGCGAAAGGAGAUUGAAAGGUUAAGCCUCUGCGCGUAAGAGAGUUUGGGACAAUCAUACAUUCUGUAUGUUGAAAAAUAUACUUCGACUUUUUUCCUCAGUCAGUAGUGGCCAACUGCACAUGUUUUGUGCUUUUAUCAGUGCUGAAAUUUUUUGUAUAGUUCUACUUCUUUUCUCCCUACUAGCAUUUUUAGUUUAGCUUGAAGGUACUGAUUCUUCCGUCGCGUGGAUUUGAAUUUGUUACAGAAGGUAAACAAAAAUGAUCGGUUGCAGGCGAGGUUAGUAUUUGAAGAAACCAAAAAAAAAAAAAAGAAAAAGAACAAAGAAAAAAAAAUGUACAUAGUUUUAUUUAAUUUAAAACUGGCAUCUCACACGAGGUACUUUUUAGUUUGAAUAACUGAUGACUACAGUGGUGCGGCCAGCAUAAAAUUUGAAACUUAAAUUUCAUAACUUUCUUUUUUAAUUUUAGCCACUUUAAGUUUAAGUGACUUUCUUCUUGCCUUGUGUCACAUUUUCGUCUUUAUGGAAUACAAACGAGAUGAACUUGACGAAUUUCAAAGGAAACUGAUAAAUCUGUCAAGAAACGCUGUAUAAUCUGUAAUGGGACAACUACACAGCAAGAAAAGUCAGAUCAAAGGGCAUAGACAAUGUACUAAUUAUCUAUCAAAGACUAUAUAGGGUGAAUUAAACACGCAUUUUGACGUAUAGAUGACGUCAACAAAUUUUUUAUCGUGUUAGAAUUUACAAUUGGCUACGCUCUCGCUCUGUAUUUAACAAAUAAAUUGCAUGUUGGCAGGUGUCUGUACAGUAAAAUAUCCCAGAAGACGUCAAACUGUGGUAAGAAUAUCAGCUGCGACUCGUGUGCCACUUUGUUAUUGUAACCGCAUCGUGACGUCAUCUUAGCUUUUCUGAGGAAAACGAAGUGCUAUAGUAAAUUGCGCGUUAGCAGCAGAGGAGUGAAAACACGAGGGAAGAAAGGGUCGAGUCGCAUUAUGACGGGUGUUCUCUGAGCGACCCGACCCAACCUCCCUCGUUUUAGCAACUAUCGCUCCGUUUUAAUUAGCGUCAUCUUUUUUCUCCAUUACGGAACACAAGCACUGCAGCAUGGAAUCUAUUAGUUCAAUAUACACUUAAGUAAAAGAGUAGCAAUUACAUUGCAGCGCAUUUAGGUAGAACAGUAGCAGGAUUCGGCUGGCGUGUUUGCGUAUUCUUGUUGCCUAUUCGUUCAUGACUAACUGAUUAUGCCCGCCAUUUUGAAAGACGUUGAUGAACUUUUUGGUGGGAAAUAGGGUGUUCACACAUUAGACCAAUCGUCUUUUUCGCCGUGGUCCAAGGAAAUCUCUGGCCUCUUGUACCACGAGAAGGGCUCAUUUUAGAUUGAUAUUUAAUUGCUAGUCAUAACGAAGUGGUGACUCAAACGUGUAAAAAGCAUUUGUUCAAGUACUGUAAUUAAGAAGUCUUGAUUUUGAUUGAGAUAUGUUAUUUGGUAUGGUGGUGUGGAACAGAAAGGCUAGCAUGCAAAUAAAAUGUAUGUUUUCGGUUACAA